GUCAGUCCCGCCAUUAUCGUCAUUUUACGCUCGCCAGCUUAUCUUUACGAUCCUCCUUUCAUUCGCCAAUAUGAUCUCUACUACUACCCUGACCCGUGCCGCCCGUGUUGCCUUCCAAGGCUAUCUUACAGCCGCUUUCUUCAAAACAAUCGUCGUCGACCGCACUAUUGAGGUCGUGUCCAGAUCAGAGAAGGUCUCCAUUCGCCUUGUUACAUCCACUGUCUGCUCCUCGACAGCUGUUCUUCUCAUAGCCACCACCAAAGCUGCUCAACAAUUCCUCAGCGACGAUCUUCAACGCGUCCCCGCUCACAAGGACAUCGACGGUGCCGCUGAGCCCAACGCACGUUUUGCUGGUGGUAGAGUUGCGGAUGCUAUCUCAACAACCAAGGCUUUUGGAGCACCAGCUCAGCCAUCCUCGUCGCGUGCAGUGAUUGAAUCAACUGAACCUGCCUUUGACGGUCCCACCGAAGGCUUAUCGACAAUUGAUUCUGACAUGACACUCAUAGCCUGCGAUGAAGACUCGGCUAAGGAUAUUUUCUCCGGUGAUUGUGUCUCAGACACCACAGACCUUGACUCGGAGUCGCUUGCUGACGAAAGCACGCUCUACGAGGACGACUGUCAGGCUACAGCACAGUGCCUUACAGACGACGAACCGGAACACACCUUGCACACCGAAUAUGACUCUCACACUAUCAACGAUCUAAUCCAAAGAAUGUCAACUCUUUCUCUCGACCAUGUACCGUCUCAUUUAUCAAGUCUCGACAAUGUAUCUUCUCCUAUUUCAACUCUUUCUCUCGACCAUGUACCGUCUCAUUUAUCAAGUCUCGACAAUGUACCCUCUCACAUUUCAACUAUCUCUCCCGGCGAUGUAUUUUCUCACACUUCAAUUCUCCCUCUCGACAAUGUAUCUUCUCCCAUUUUAACUCUUUCUCUCGACCAUGUACCGUCUCAUCUAUCAAGUCUCGACAAUGCACCCUCUCACAUUUCAACUAUCUCUCCCGACGAUGUACCUUCUCAUUUGCCUCCUCUCGACAAUGUACCCUCUCACAUUCCAACUAUCUCUCCCGACGAUGUACCUUCUCAUUUACCUCCUCUCGACAAUGUACCCUCUCGCUUAACAACUAUUUGGCCACAUCCAGACAAUGGUUCCCCUCAGUCAUCAAAAUGUCAGCCUCAACGCACUGCAGUACACGACCACGCUGUCGAUGACCUAAUUCAAAAAAUGGUAGCUCUUUCUCUGCAUGACCAUGCUUUCGACGCUCUACUACAAAAGCUGGAGGCUCUUACUUUUGACGGCAACCACGCUAUCGACGUUCUACUGCACAAAUCAGAGUCUCUUACUCUCGACGACAACCACGCUAUCGACGCUCUACUGCAAAAAUCAGAGGCUCUUGCUCUCGACGAAAACCCCGCUAUCAACGCUCCUGCUCUCGACGACAGCCCCGCUAUCAACGCUCCUGCUCUCGACGACAACCCCGCUAUCAACGCUCCUACUCUCGAUGACAACCCCGCUAUCAAUGCCCCUGCUCUCGACGACAACCACACUAUUAACACUCUUGCUCUCAACGACAACUAUGCUGUUGACGUUCCACUGCACAAAUUUGAAGCGCUUACUGUCGACCACGACCACGCUAUUGACGCUCUACUGCACAAAUCCUCUCGGUUAUCGAAACGCAUGCUACAUGAUAACACUAACAACAGUUCCAGUCGCCAGCACUUGCGCCGCAACACCACCGACACCCUACUUCGAAAUAUUGAAGCUAUCCAUCCUCGGAAUUUCAACUACGACUCACCCUACACGACGAUGCUAUCGACACCGUACUUCGAAAUAUGGAACCUCCUAUUCUCGACAAUAGUCCCUCUCAGUCACCAAAACGUCAGCCACAACACACUACUAGCACGACCACAGUAUCGACAUCCUACCAGCUGAACUCCACACGGCGUCUACGAAAAAAAUUCAAUGACGCACAUUGCUUCCAGCACGUCUUUGGUGUCAGAGGUCCCCUACGACCCGAUGCCUAAUGGCCUCCCUCGCUGUCCCCUACGACAUGGAGUCAUAAUAUCCACGAGGUUGAAGGCCCCACACAUACUACGCGUCA